AUUCACCAACAAGUAACAAGUUGAUAUUUCAGGUCAACACAUUCGAAGCAGAAUUUUACCGCGGAAAGGCGAGGGAUUUUAGUGUUAAUGACAGGUGUAUUGAAACAUUUUAAAACGACAUGAAGAAUUGGGUUUUUAAAUAGGUGUAUUUCAGCUAAUGUAUAGAGUUUGCAGGAAACAUACCGAUAGCUGUGUAUAGAAAUGGAGUUAGGAAAAACAUUGAUGAAAGAGAAUAAUGUGAAUGCUCUCAGUAAAGCAAUUCAUCCGCGACAUGGCUUGGUAUGGUCUGAUGGUAAAGCUAUAUAUCUUGGCCCUCUUAUUAUAUCAUCCGAUACCUUACAAAAUACAACGUCAAACAGACUAGGAGAGUUUGACAAUGUAGACAGUGUAUGUUGGAGUGGGGAUAUAGACUCUACAACUUGUUUUAUGUCAGUAGUACAUCAAAAUAAUGUUACGGUAUGGAAAGUAUCUGGCUCCACACCUAAGCUGGGAUUUAAACAAGUUCGAAGGAUUAAUGUUAAACCAAUUCAACAAGGUGUUUUAUGGAAUCCUAAAUGUGAUGUCCUGUGUUUAUUUAGUAAAAAUCAAGUCAGUUUUUAUUUUAAUCAUUUAACAAAGAAAGGAAGUUAUGCUUUUCCUCCAUUAGUUAGUGGUAAGAUUACAAGUGGGUGUUGGUCUAAUGAUGGUAAUAAGUUAUUGGUGUGUAUUGGUUCAUCGCUACUGAUUUAUACAUGGUCAGAUAUUGAAAACUCCCUAAGUGAUUUUACGCCAAGUGCAUGGACCUUACCAAAGUCUGAUGGUAAUGUAACAGCUAUAGUACCUAUCAGUCAAGAUAAAUAUGUAUGUUGUGUUGAUUUACCCUUAGAAAGACUAUGCCAGAAUCAAGAUGUUUUUCUUAUGCCAGAGUUACCUGCCAAUUUAAGUCGACAUGACUCAAAAGAGAAGAGGAGAGAAGAUUUAAUAAAAGCAACUAAGUCUUCCUCUAUAAAAGAAAAUCUGCUCAAUCUUCCCAAGAAUCCAGAGGCCGUUAUAAAUGACAGUUCACAACUCGUCUACUUUCAAAUAAAUGAUGAUGCUAGAAGUUCUGUAAGAUUAAACACAAUAUCAUUACAAGGUCUUGUCUCUCCAGAUUUAUUGGCUCAUGAGCCCAGUGGAUGUAUUAUUGUAGGAAGUAAUAGUCAGAAUUGUUUACAGAUAUUUACACUAACUGAUUUAAACCUAAUUAAAUCAUCAGAAAUAGUGCUACAAAAAUCACAAAGACCAAAAGGUAUCUGCUGUCCCUAUAACAGUUUAAGAGAGAGUCAGAAUGGAGUUCUAGUGUUAGUUGGUCAACCAACUAAAAAAGAUGCUUUAUUUCCAUCUGCUACCACAGAAUGUCAGUUUGAUUUAACCAUUUAUUAUUAUCCUGUAAAACCAGAGAAAACACUACAGCAUUUCCAGAGUCAUUCAGGAAUACCAGAAGUUAAAAACAUAAGAGCAAGCUCAGAUUUGAGAGCUAAAAGUAUCAGUGAAUCAGCUUUACAAAAUGUGAAAUUGACUAAUGAUGCAACAAAUUCACAAGAACAUAUCAAAAUACGCUUCAAUAAUACAGAUUCAAACCAGUCAUCCAAAAUCUUGGUAUCUUCUUUAGAUGAUUCCACAGAUUCAAACAGUAUUCUUGAAACUCAAAAAACACAUUUCAAAGAUAUUACUCCAAAAUUUCAUAACGAGGACUUAGAAAUCAUAAACCACCAAAGUGAAAAAAAGAAAAGCAGAACAAGAAAUGUUAAAGUGAAAGGUGAAAAACAAUUCGAUGAGGAAAAUGGGACGGAAUAUAUUAGCAAAAAAACUCAGAUAGUGCAUUUUGGUAAGGAAAGUGAAACAGAACAAUCUUGCAAGAACAAAGAUCAGUGUAAAAAUAAUAUAAAUGGGACAAGUGAAACCGAUCGAAUUGCGACUGAUGAAAUCAGUACAGAAUAUGAAACUGAAAAGACAUUCCAGAAUAAUGCUAAUCGUGCUGUUAAUGUUAAAAAUGAAGAUGAUUAUACCAGUUCUGUUCAGACACAUUCAGCUAAUUUAACUGUAUUGGAAGAUUCUCUAUCAGAUCAUGGACUACCUAGUAGUAGUUUAAGUAUGUGUAGUGAUGAUAACUAUGAAUUUUUGGAGAAAGUAGUGGAGGGCCAGAAAGAUCAGAUAGAAGAAUUACAGAAAAAAGUCAAAAAAUUAUCUAAGCUUGUUGACCAAAGUUCGGUUAUUGAAAUGACUAAAUACCAAACCCCCGAAAAGCCAGAUUCUGUCAAGAUAACAUGUUUAUAUGAAAGUGGUACCUCUUUAACAAGGAAGUUUUUAUUGGACAAUGGUAGAUUACAGCUUGCAGAAAUAAAGAGAGCUUUUAAGCUAGAUUAUAUUGCACUUUUAAUAGAUGAGGAGCCAAUAGUACUUGGUGCUAAUAUAGAUGGAUACAUUCCUUUAAAAUUCACCCCCGGUGUUACACUCAAUAUUAUUGGAGAAAAUAAAACCAGUGAUAUAGUUUCAGCCAAUGAGGAUGUUUGUAGCUUGUUACAGAAAGACCCUAUUACUGGAGCUACCAAAUGUUAAUGUUAUUGCAGUGAUAUAUUCCUAUGAAGCAUAAUAUUGAACCUCAUUUGUAGUUUAGUUUAUGUAAAUGUAGAAAUAUUUAUUGUUUCUUGGUCAGUCCACUGCAAUUCCAUCAAUCUGCUAUGUUCCGGACUGAUAAGCAAGCACCUACUCUGUGGCAAUAUUUACAGUAAAGAUUCUAGGCUUUAAAAAAAUAUAUUUUUUAUUUAUGCAAUAUCCACAUGUAUUUAUAAAAUAAUCGCUAGUUAAUGUUUAAAGGCUUUGAGUAGUCUAAAAUACUAACUUUUCAACACCAAUCUUAUUAUGACUUUGCACACUUGUUCCAUGAGUAAAAAAAAACAAAAACAGAGGACACAUAACAGUCCGACUGUUGUGUAAUAAUGGAAAUACAAGUGGAAAGAAAAAACUAUUUAUAGCAAACAAGAAGGCUUUUCCGACCUAGAUCAGUUCUAGAAUAAAUUAUGAUGUAUACAGCGUUCAAGUCAUCUGCUGUAAACAAUCAUGGCCGUGUCUAGCAGCAGUUUCACACGGGAUCAUUGACGUCUAUCUAGAUAUGACGUCAGAAGGAAUUCCCUCUAAGACACGAUUAUCCAGGUCUACCAUCUAUCGCGACUGGAACGUGGCUGUAUAAAUGUAUAAAAUGAUUUUUAGAGUGGCUUUUUUGGACAUGCAAUUAGCAUUGUUCAUGCGAAGUUUGAUAAAAAUCCAUGCUGGCUAGCUGAGAAAAUUUGUCUUUUGUCAUCAGCACCCUUUUUUAUCAUGCCUUUGGGCCAAGUUUGGAACAUAGUUGGUAAAUAAAAUUGGUAUUUUUUUGGUGAUUAAUAUGUAGUUUACUACCCAAAAUAACAAAAAAUGUCAUAUCUUAACAAAAAUUACAGUGCUAGCUUUAAAAUGUGCAUUUUAGACUGCUCAAUGCCCUUAAGAAACACACCAGCCCUGCAUUUAACUGGGAUUGAGUAUGGUGUGUAAUGAUGAUACAAUACUUUGAUCUGAGAUGAUAGAUACUUGUAGCUAUAUAGUAAUUUCAUGUUGGCUUCUGAUAAAAUAUUUUUAUAUACAAUGUGUUCAUACUCCAUCAGGGGAUUUCCGCUAGAUACUGCUUGUUAGUAAAUUAAUACUGUAUUUUUUUUUAUAUUACUAGAAUAUUGUUAGUGUUUUUAUAUUUUAUGAAAAUUUGAUAUCCCAAAGGGUUGAAUAUUUAAUAUGUGUCUUGUUUUGAUACUAAUGUAUAUUUUUAUUAUGUUGGUUGUGCAUUUAUAAUGAAUUAAUUAUUUUACAUAUAUACUAUUAUUGUUAUUUUGUUUACUAAUAUCUUUUAUUGAUAAAUUAGACAGGAUGGGUUUUAUUAAAACUUUGAAUGGUAAUUAAUAAUCUCAAAAAACUUUUUAGUCACGACUAGCAUUUUUAAUAUCUAGUUAAUUAGUACUUUUAUCGACAUUAAUUUUAAUGACUUCCAUCAGCCAUAUCCAUCCUUUUAUGAAACCCCCAGUAAGCUCUGAAAGAUCUUAUAAUAAAUUGUUGAUCCACAAUUUGUGCUUAUUAUUUCAUAUAUUAUAUUGACAAUUUGCUUGUUCAGUCUUUAAACAGAAAACAUUUGUUAAACAUUCCAGACUAAAAGUCAAAUAUAGAGUUUUCAAGACAACAGAGUAGUCAAAAAACAUUGGUCCCAAUAUCAUGUUACGACCAUUUGAUAUUAAGUCUCUCCCAACAUAGUUAAUGUCCAUACCCAGGUAUUAUCAAGUAAUGUUAUUGCCUCUUUAUGCAUCCAGUGCUCAUACUACUCAAUCUUUGUGUAAUUGUCAUAAUAUCAAACCUUGUGUGAAAACACAAUAAUAUUGAAUAAAAUAAAAAUUAAACAUU